CAAGACAUGACGAGAAGUGACUUUGUAGGACAAGCACUUCUGUAUUUGUUGGCUAAAACUAGGAAGAGAUAGAGAGAGACAAAUUGAGGGGGAGAGAGAGAUAGAGAGAGAAUAAAGAGGUGGAGCAAAUAAGGGUCAAGGACUUGAAGGGACACUGAGAUCCUUGAGGAAGACCUAGCCAGGAUAAAGGGAUGUGCUUGGAACCAGCUGCAGACAGAAGAUCUGGCAGACCCUCCUAAGGCUGAGUGCAGGAUCUCUUGGCCUGGCCAGCUCUGCUGUGUUUCAAAACACAAGAGAAAACAAAGAGGGAUCCAGAACAACAUAAAGGAGGUGGACAAAGACUGAGGGGAUAAAAGCAGAGAGAUAGUCAUGUUACUGGGGGACAGCGCUGGUUGGAGAGUCGUUCUGUGUGUGAUGUCCUGUGUUCUUUCCGUGGCGGGGGCUCAGGACACACACAUGACCCAUGCUCUGAGACUGAUGUCAGAAACACCACUCAUCGAUGGACACAAUGACCUGCCUUGGCAGCUCAGGAUGAAGUUCAAUAAUCAGCUCAGCAAUGUGGACUUGUACACACUCAACAACACACACACCAACAUCCCCAAGAUCAGGGAAGGAAGACUGGGAGCACAGUUUUGGUCAGCAUAUGUUCCAUGUGAGAGCCAGUAUAAGGAUGCUGUCAGGCAGACUCUGGAACAGAUUGACGUGGUCCAUAGGAUGUGUCAGAAAUAUCCAGAGGUCUUCAUGUUUGCUGCCAGCAGUCAAGAUAUUGUGGAGGCUUUUGCUCAGAAAAAGACAGCCAGUCUGAUCGGGGUUGAGGGAGGGCACUCACUGGACAGCAGCCUGGGCACCCUGAGGACCAUGUACCAGCUAGGGGCGCGCUACCUCACACUCACACACAGCUGCAACACACCCUGGGCUGAUAACUGGCUGGUGGAUACAGGAUCCGAGCCAUCACAACACAAUGGUCUGUCUAAGUUUGGCAAGCAACUGAUCGUGGAGAUGAACCGCCUAGGGAUGCUGAUCGACCUGGCCCAUGUAACCGAGAAGGUGAUGGACCAGGUGUUGGACAUGUCCAUGGCUCCUGUCAUCUUCAGCCACUCGUCCGCCUACACUAUCUGUCCACACAAGAGAAACGUUCCAGACCGCAUCCUCAAAAGGGUGAGAGAUAAGCAGGGCAUUGUGAUGAUUAACUUCUACAACGACUAUGUGACCUGCAGCAAAACUGCUUCUCUAUCCGACGUAGCAGAUCAUUUUGACCAUAUAAGGAGUGUGGCUGGAGCUGGCAUCAUUGGCUUUGGGGGGGACUAUGAUGGAGUAGGCAGAGUUCCAGUAGGUCUUGAGGAUGUGUCAAAGGUGCCUGGGCUGGUAGCAGAACUACUAAAGAGAGGUUGGAACGACACAGAGAUUAAAGAUGCUCUUGGCGAUAACCUCCUCAGGGUCUUCCGCGAGGUGGAGAAGGUGCGAAAUAAUCUGAGAGAUUCUCAUCCAGAUGACCUACCUAUCCCCUACUCUGAGGUGAAGAACACCUGUAGAACCAGCUACGGCUACCCAGACCCAGACAGUGGUGGUCCUGUCCUAACCCUCUCUCCCCUGGCCCUGCUACUGGCUCUGGUCCUGGGGGGACUGGCUGCUUGAAGAGGAAGGGCAGUGGGGAGUGGGCUGGAGGAGGUAAAGGCUGUAGGAAGGGACGGGGGCAUAGAGAGCUCAGAUACAGGAAGGAUGAGGAAGGGUGAAGUCUCGAAAGUCAGUCUAAUGGUUAAUGACAUGUAAUGUUAAUGUGUAAGACAUGGAACGCAUUGAUUAAAAUGGAAUAAAAUGAAUCAGGAAAAUAUAUCCACUGUACUGUCUCUUGAUGAAGAAUCUCCACUGGCAUGGAAAUGAUUUGAGGAGCAUGAUUAAUCUGGGACAGUGAACAGGGUCUAAGUUGGUUACACUCUACUACUUUGCUAGGAUGAAAUACAUCUGCUAGCUGUGGUAGCUGCUAACCCCACUCCUCUUC